AUGUCAGAAGUCGCAAAGCGCCAACGAGACACAUCCAGCACUCCCGAGCCCGACGCUAAGCGCCCCAACGUAGACGCCAAUAACAACGGCGAAGCAAACACACCUUCCUCUCCCAUCAGCGCCGCGAAAAAGAUGGCAUCCGAUACUCCGACAAAGUCAGGCUCCGAGGAGAAAGACGCCGUCGAUCUUGGCUCCGUGACCGGGGAUGUCACCUCCAGCAGCGACAUCAAGGGCGAUAACGGCUCCGUUUCGAAUGGUCAGGACGGCAACCAGGCUGCUGGCAGUGCUGGCAGCGUCGGCGACUCGUCCGAGACACAGGCGACCCAGAUCUCGUUGCGAACCUUGAUCGUGACCAGCGAUGCCAGCAUCAUCAUCGGAAAGUCCGGCAAGCACAUCAACGAGAUCCGCGACAAGAGCAAUGCCCGCCUCAACAUCAGCGAGAUCAUCCCCGGCAACCCCGAGCGUAUCUUGACCGUCUCUGGUCCCCUGGAUGCUGUCAGCAAGGCUUUCGGUCUCAUUGUCCGCAGGAUCAACGACGAGCCCUUUGAUCAAGCAUCGGUCCCCGGCUCCAAAUCGGUCACCAUCCGCUUCAUCGUGCCCAACUCGCGCAUGGGUUCCGUCAUCGGCAAGCAAGGGUCCAAGAUCAAAGAGAUCCAGGAGGCCUCGGGUGCCCGUCUCACCGCCGGCGAAGCCAUGCUCCCGGGUUCCACCGAGCGUGUUCUCUCCAUCUCUGGUGUUGCAGACGCCGUCCACAUCGCAGUCUACUACGUCGGUACCAUCUUGCUCGAGCACCAGGACCGCAACGCCAACAACCUUCCGUACCGUCCUACCGCUGGCGGUCCAUCCACCCGACCCCCCGCGCCUGGAGCCAACCCGUACGCAGCCCCUCAGCAGCCGUUCGGGUACGGAGCACCGGCGCCUGCCUUUGGUGCGGCUCCUGCCGGUGCUGGUGGAGCACCGCAGUUGCCACCUGGCUCGCAGACACAGCAAAUCUUUAUCCCCAACGACCUUGUCGGCUGCAUCAUCGGCAAGGGAGGCUCCAAGAUCAAUGAGAUCAGGAGCAUGAGCGCCAGCCACAUCAAGAUCAUGGAGCCCGGUGCGGGCAUUGCUGCAGGAGGCAGUGGCAACGAGAGGCUUGUCACGAUCACCGGACCACCGCCCAACAUUCAGAUGGCUGUUUCGCUGCUGUAUCAGAGACUCGAGCAGGAGAAGAUGCGCCUUGCAUCGGGCGGUGCGCCCUGA